AUGCUCCCCCUCUUCCACCCACCGACCCGCUCGCCCGCCCCUCCCCGACCCCUUUUGAGUCGACUCAAAAGCAGUGGGUGGUUCAAGAUCGCGCUGUGCCAGCUGGCGGUGGGUGCUGACAAGGCGCGCAACAUCGAGCAUGCGAGGGACGUGAUUGGCCGCGCUGCGGACCAGGGCGCUAGGCUCGUGCUGCUGCCGGAAAUGUGGAACUGCCCUUAUUCCAACGACAAUUUCCCCACCUACGCGGAGGAGAUUUCCCUGGAAGAUUCCUUUGCCUCCUCACCCUCCGCUGCGAUGCUCGCUGACGUGGCGGGGCGGCACGGCGUGACUAUAGUGGGGGGUUCCAUUCCCGAGAGGAGGGAGGGGCGGCUGUACAACACGUGCCUUGUGUUUGGCAGCAAGGGGGAGUUGAAGGGUCGGUUCAGCAAGCUACAUCUCUUUGACAUUGACAUCCCAGGGAAGAUCACAUUCAAGGAGUCUGACACACUCACACGUGGCGAUCAGCCAUUGGUCGUUGACACAGGCGCCCACCUCAUCUGCUACCCGGGUGCCUUCAACAUGACCACGGGACCCUUGCACUGGCAGCUGCUGCAGCAGGCCAGGGCAGUGGACAAUCAGUUGUUUGUUGCCACGUGUUCACCUGCCCGGGAUGACUCAGCAUCGUACCGAGCCUGGGGUCACUCCACCCUGGUUGGGCCGUUUGGGGAGAUAGUGGCAACGACAGAGCAUGAGGAGGCACUGGUGGUGGGAGAGGUGGACCUGACUCAGAUUGACACGUGCAG